CGCCUCUCCCCAUCCAUCCCCUCCCUCUUCAGCCGAUCACCAAAGACCAUAACAACUUUUCACUAGGUCAACCAAAAAAAAAAACAUCAAUCGACUGCAGAGAAACUAUAGUACAAACCAAAUCAGUCGGACCUAAGCAUGUCAUCGUUCUUUCGUACCGUCGGAUCGGAUUCCGAAUCAGACUCGUCCAGCGAUGAGGAAUUGCUCUCAGGUGCCUCAGGUUCCGAGGCCGGUCAGGCAGAUGGCCCCAAGAAAACCACGGCACCAUUGAAGAAUCGAUUCCUGAAAGGUGGUUCGGACUCUGAUGACUCUGACUCAGAUGACGAUUCAAGCGACAUGGAUGGCUCGGACUCGGAUGAUGACCCUAAGAAGACGACGACAACCGGCGCAAUCAAGGCCAACAAAUUCUUGGUUGGUGCCGACAGUGAUACCGAUAGCGACUCAGAAGAUGAGAGUCGAAGGGUCGUCAAGAGUGCCAAGAGUAAGCGUCAGGAUGAGAUCGAUGGGAGCGUUAAGAUCAUGGAGAAUGGGGCCAAGAUUAAUGACUGGGUCGUCAUCAGUGCCGAAUUCGACAAGCUCGUCCGGUUAAUCACUCGCCAGGCUAAUGCCGCCGACCCCCUUCCAGUCUCCUUCAUCAAAGUGAUCCUCAGCCUGGAAGAGAGCCAAACCGCUGUCAACGAAAAUGCAGCAGUCAAGAAGAAAAUGAAUGCCACCAACGCAAAGGCCUUGAACACCAUGAAACAAAAACUGAAGAAAACUAUCCGUGAAAAUGAAGCGAUCAUCGAAAAAUACAAGGCUGACCCAGAAGCUUUCGAGCAGGAAGCAGCUGCGGUAGAUGCCCCCGUUCCUGCUGCCAAAAAGAGCAAAAAGAGCAAGACUCAUGACUCUGAGGAGGAGCCUGAUGACGAUGAUGAUUUUACCAUGGUUGGAAAAGGUGGAAAAUCCUUCUCAUUUUCACCCGACUCAAUCUUCAAAACUCUCCAGUCCGUACUCGAGGCACGCGGAAAGAAAAAUACUGAUCGACAGGAGCAACUGAUGAUCCUCGACAAGCUCCUCAGUAUCUCCACCACCACUUACCAACGUAUUCGGAUCCUGUUGGCUUUGAUCUCAAGCCAAUUUGACUACAACCCAGCAAUUACCACCCACCUACCGACUGAGGCCUGGAAAUCAGCUCGAGUCCGCCUCGAUGAGUUACUAAAUUUACUUUCGACUGAGACUCAAUUUGUCGUCCAAGAAGAAACUGUCGAUUACGAUGACCAAGAAGAACGUGCCCCAGACUCCGAUCCUACCAAAAAGCUGCAAGUCAGGGGUAGCAUUAGCAGUUUGCUCGAUCGAUUAGACGACGAAUUCACCAAAAGCUUGCAAAACAUCGACCCUCACACCAGUGAAUACAUUGAGCGCUUGAAGGAUGAGAAGGAGCUCUAUUGCACAAUUGUUCGGGCCCAGAGUUAUUUUGAAGCAGUCGAGCUAACUUCGGCUGUUGCAAAGGCAGUCACCAGGAGACUUGAGCAUGUGUACUGCAAGCCCGAUGCCGUCAUCCAACCUCUUGAAGCUGCUGUACCCGAGUUGCCCUCAAAAAUAUUCACCCCCACUUCGAGCCCCGCAGACUCAGCAUCAUACUCAUCCUCAGAACUCAUUCAUGCGCUCUGUGCUUAUCUCUACAAAACUGACAACUCCCUACUUCAAACUCGAGCGGCCCUCUGUCAAAUUUUCAAUUACGGUUUACAUGACGAAUAUUACCGAGCUCGUGACCUGUUACUGAUGUUGCAUCUCCAGGAAACUGUACACGGAGCGGAUGUUGGGACGCAAAUCAUGUACAACCGGACGGUCGUCCAACUUGGUCUGUCGGCCUUCCGUUUGGGUUUGAUUAAGGAGAGUCAAUCGAUCUUGCAGGACAUCUUCGCUUCUCAGCGAGUCAAGGAACUCCUCGCCCAAGGCGUUCAAGCUCAACGAUAUUCACAACUGACCCCCGAGCAAGAUAAGAUUGAACGUCAACGACAACUGCCAUACCACAUGCACAUCAACUUGGAACUAUUGGAAUGCGCCUACCUUGUCUCAUCGAUGCUACUAGAGAUUCCCAAUCUUGCCCAAGCCGGAAACGAUGCAGAACUGAAAAAACGUCAGAUCUCAAGAACGUUCAGGCGUAUGUUCGACUAUGCCGAGCGCCAAGUCUUCACCGGUCCACCUGAAAACAAACGUGACCACAUCAUGCAGGCGUCUAAAGCACUACAGACCGGCGACUGGCAAAAAUGUAUCGAGCUGAUCAAUGGAAUUAAGAUUUGGGCUCUUAUGCCUCGACAAGAUGCCCUCAAAGAGAUGCUAACUAGAAAAAUUCAAGAAGAAGCAUUACGGACAUACCUGUUUACAUACUCAUCAUACUACUCGACGGUCUCAAUUGAAUAUCUGGCCACGAGUUUCCAACUAAGUGAGUCGGAGGUAACAUCGAUAGUAUCGAGGAUGAUAUGGAACGAAGAGUUAGGAGGAGCGUCACUAGACCAGAUCGACAAGGUGGUGGUCUUAUCGAAGCAGGAGCUCACCAAGCUCCAGCAACUGACAAUCGGCCUGGUCGAUAAAGUUAGCGGGAUGGCUGAAACUAAUGAGAGGUAUUUGGAGUCCAAGAUCGGCGCGGGAGCCGAUCGAGAUGGCGCCAAUCGAGCCGGAACCGGUGGGGCUGAACGCAAGGAUGGGGAACCUCAACGGGGUCCGCGCCGAGGCGGUGGUGCUAAAAAUUAUCGUGGUGGUAGAGGUAGGGGAACAUUCUCGGGUCCGAUUGGCGGCAGAGCUGUUGCAGCUGGUGGGGAUCGCAGACGGGGAUAGAAAAAAAAAAUACCCGCAGGUGCCACCUGUUAUAUAUAUUUUCGAAUCUUUUUGUCAAGUUGUCACGUUCUUGUUUCUCUUCAUCAGUCUUGUUUCUUUUCAACAAAUUCACAACAACCAAAAAGUGAAAGUGUUUUUUUUUCCUCACAAAACACCUAGAAAGAGAGAGAUAAAAUUCAUGCCUAGUAUAGAAAUAUACAUUUAUCAGUCAUUUUUAUUCUUCUAUUAUGAAUCAUGACAGAGCUUUAUUCUCCCUUUCAUCUUGACAUGAAUCACAAUGAAGCUGUCUUCUCCCUCCUUUCAUUUACUGAUAUUGUUUUUAAGAGUGCCAUGUAUGGACUCUGGAGUCUUGAGGCAAGCAGUUACAACGAGACAUCACAUUCAGUUUGUGUGUGCAUGUUUUUCAGAUAGUGAAGGAUUGGAUUUUUUUUGCUUUGUUUUGGCUGGUGUACAUAGCCCUUUUUUCUGUAUGUGGUUCUGAAUCUGAUGAAUUUGAAAAGAUUUUUUUUUUUUUUUUUGGUUUGUUCAAUAACCCACCUUCAAGUUCCAUAGGAGUACAUAAAUGGUGGAU